GAAGGAAUCCCUCCUGACCCCAUACUUGCGACACGUGGCAUCUUCACAGCCCUGUGAUUUUACUUAAAUAUUCCCCCACUUCCUUUAUUACCCAACAAACUCUCUCAUUUGCAUCACCAAUAGCUGAGCAGAUCAAACUUCCAUACAAGCUGAUCAACAAUCAGAAAAUAUGGCUACCAACAAGGCUGAGAUGGAGAAAAGUGAGGUUAAUUUGAAACAUCUAGGGUUCGUAAGGGUGUUGGCUCUAAACACUGCGGUUUUGGUGUCAAAUCUGUAUGAUUAUGCGAAGCAGAACUCGGGGCCUCUGAGAUCAACUGUUGGUACAGUAGAAAACGCGGUAACCACCGUCGUAAGGCCUGUUUACGAGAGAUUUAAAGGUGUUCCUGAUGAAGUCCUUGUUUUCCUAGACAAAAAGGUGGAUGAUGGAACAGCAAAAUUUGAUGAACGUGCUCCUCCGUUGGCCAAGAAGGUUGUCAGCAAAGUCCAGUCUCUGUUUCAGAAGGCAUCGGAGGUUGCACAAGACUUGUCCAAAGACAUACAAGAGGCUGGUCCUCGUGCAGCUAUCUAUCAUGCUGGUGAAUUGUCCAAGCAAUUUGCUACUAGUCGAGUGGCAGUGCUGUGGUUUUAUGUCAAUCACUGUCCACCAUUGCACGGAAUCGCACAGAUGGCUGCUCCUACAGCUGCUAACUGGUCUGAAAAGUACAAUCAUUUUGUAGUUGACUUGCAGGAGAAGGGUUAUAGUAUCGUCAGCUAUAUCCCUUUGAUACCUGUUGAAGAAAUCUCAAAGGCAUAUAAACAGGUUGAAUCUGCUGCAACGAAGAAAGAAGGUGCUACUAACUCGACCUCAAGUAAAUCAGAAUGAGAUUACUAUCUCAGUAUUACUGUUAAACCCAAUGUUUCUAAUUGUGCUUGAAAGACUUACUUAAGUUUGGGUGGGAUUAGGAAGUCUGGGGAUACCCAUUGUACAAAGCUAGGGUAUUCCCUUCCUUUCUGUAGCACAUCUGAUAUGUGAAUGAUUUUGUGCUUUGUGUUCUUCUUGAUCGUUUCCUUGCUGUAGUGGCGUGUCUAUGCA